AGUCAUCCAGGCUCCAGACGGCAAAGCCAAGUCGAGCAGCGCAGCGGCGACAAAGGUUGCAGAAAUGUCAUCGGGGUGUCUGUCCUGGUGCUCACGCUAUGCCUCAUCGUGAUGGGGAUAGUCCUCGUCCUGGGCAGCGGACGGGCGAGAUCGGAGGCCUACAAGGCUGCGCGCCUCACCAGGACUGCGCGGCGCAGGUCCCACACCACCAAUGGGUCACCCCGAGGCACCAAAGGAUCGUCCGGAGGCACAGAGGCACCGUCUGCUAAGGCACCCGGAGCUUUGCGGAGGCUCAGCUACAUCAGGGGUGAACCGUACGCGCCGACUGCAGACGACGAUCAGGGCACCGAACAACUCAUGACGCUGGGACCCGACGUCGAAGUCGGCGACGAUCCGACCAACGUCAUUCGAUUAUAGAUAACGAGCGUGUCUUCCCAGGAAAACUUGCGAUGUGAAGCGAUAGAUAUGUCUCUAACGCACGACGCGUCUAUACAGACUUGGCAUUGACAUUGUAAGCGGUGGAGGAUUCGGUCGUGAGAACGGAGGCAAAUAAAAUCGAUUCAAUUUUAGA